AUGGAUACCUCCUCGGUGCCUCUGCUCAACUAUGGCUUGCAGUACCAGUGGUGCUCCGACUCCGACCUCUCCAGCAUCUCCUCUUCUGAAACCCUGUCCCCUGUCAACUCUAUGGACUCCAGCCUGUCUCCUUCCCACCAGCAGCCUCCGCAGUCCACCCCUAAGAUGACCAAAAGUGGAUAUUCUCAGAGCCUCGGAUCCUCGCCCUGCUCCAUGUCUGGACGUGGCCGGAAGUCGGGUCGAGCCACACGGAUCCGCAGCAAGCAGAGAGAGAGCGCCAGCGAGAAGGAGAAGCUGAGGAUGAGGGAUCUGACCAAGGCCAUUCAUCACCUCAGGUCCUACCUCCCGCCCUCGGUGGCCCCUGAAGGACAGAGUCUGACAAAGAUCGAGACCCUCCGCCUCACCAUCCGGUACAUCUCCUACCUGUCGGGCCAGCUGGGCCUCAGCGAGGAGGUGCUGUUCGAGCGUAGGGAACAGGGAGACCCCUCGCCCAGCGACUCCCCCUCACCUGACAUCCUCAACUUCUUCCAGCACAGCUCCAUGGGAGGUCAGGAGGCCCAGCUCCAGAACCUGAACCAGAGCUUGUACCCAGCACAGUAUCACAGCCAGAACGCUGUGGUGCACUCUGGGAGCUGUAGUUUUGGAGUGGAUCAGUACAAUAAGCAGUACAAUGAAGCUCCUCGGGGAGAUAUCAGCAUGGAUACCAUCCUCCACCAGUCUCCUCCAAUAACUCAGUCCUGUCAGGUAUGUAAACAUUUACACAUUAUCUUUCAUGAAAACCUCCAUCGAAAAAAAUCACACAGUUCCCAGAGCAGUGAGCGUGCUCCUGUCCAAACAGGACGAGGUGUAAACUCCUCACACCUCCCAGCUGCCCAGGCACACUUCUCCAGCCUGACCUCGCAGGGAAUCAGAUACCAGAGCAGAAAGAGCCGGAUUAAACCUGAUGAAUUAUGA